CACCACGAAAAAAGCCCUAGUCCCACAACGAAACAUCAAAUUGAGCGGUGCUAUCUUCAAUCAUCAAGUCGACAACCUUCACGACCCGACUCGAAGCCGCCCACCAUGUCGUCUGCCAAGGUCAAGACCGGUCAGCUCUGGGGAAAGAGCAAGGAUGACCUCACGAAGCAGCUCGAGGAGCUCAAGACUGAGCUGAACCAGAUCCGCGUCCAGAAGGUCUCUGGCGGUGCUGCUUCCAAGCUCACCAGAAUCCACGACCUCCGCAAGUCGAUCGCCCGUAUCCUGACCGUCAUCAACGCCAACCAGCGCGCUCAGCUGCGUCUGUUCUACAAGAACAAGAAGUACCUCCCUCUCGACCUCCGAGCCAAGAAGACCCGUGCCAUCCGCCGAAGACUCACCAAGCACGAGGCCUCCCUCGUCACUGAGAAGGAGAGGAAGCGCCAGAUCCACUUCCCCCAGCGGAAGUACGCCGUUAAGGCUUAAAUUGGGACGAAAAUGCAUGGGCUUUGAGGCGGUGUUUUUUCGAAACUUCCUACGCGGGUCGUCGUUGCUAGUGUGGAAACAGCAAUUGACUCGACUCCCUUCCCCGGGAUGUUCGAGAUCGAUUCUUCUUCAAAAACGGGGAAAGAGUGGAUUUUUCAUGUAUCUUAGAGAAGACAAAAGGAUGCACCAAAAAUCCGCACCAGCAAUGAAGGACUUGUUGACAUGACAUGACCAAAU